ACAGUGAAUCUGUUUUUAGCUUCACAAGCUCUGAGCAAGGCUCUGCGUAAAAAGAGACAGGAUGUCACAGGUAGCUCACAUCGCCAUAUUGUUCCUCUACUUUGGGCUCAUGUACCAUGAAGCUAAUGGGAUAUUUAUGCAGAAAUUGUCCAAGAAAAAACUUUGCGCUGAUGAUGAAUGUGCUUAUGCAAUCUCUCUUGCCAGAGCAGAAGAUGAUUACAAUGCUCCUGACUGCAGAUUUGUAAAUAUUAAGAAAGGAGAACUGAUUUAUGUGUACUCAAAACUGGUAAAACCCCAAAAAGAAGAUGGAGAGUUCUGGUUUGGAAGUGUUUACAGUGACCAAUACAGGGAUCAGAUUGGAUUUAUCGGGUAUUUUCCUAGCAACCUAGCCACAGAGAUACACGUCUUCAAGAAUGCAACAUUAGAGCUGCAUACAACAGCUAUUGAUUUCUACUGUGACUGACACAACAGCGGAAAAAAAAUGACUACGAGAACGAAGACACGCAGGCGAUGCUUUUCGUGGCUUUUAUAAGACAUUCAAACUGCACAUGUGGUGAAAGAUUAUAAAUUCUUUCCUCAAUUUUUGUCACUGCUAAAGAAUUCAUACCAUUUCUUGCAUUCUAAGCCCAGCUUGCCAACAUCUAGAGGAAUGAAAAAUAGUAAAAUGAAUAUAGCAGCCUA